AUGGGCGUCGAGAGAAAGAUUGUUACCCGUGGUACUGGCUCUGGCUCACCUGCUGCCGGUGACAAGGUCUCCAUCCACUACACUGGCUGGCUGUACGAUGCCAAGAAGUCCAACAAGGGCUUCCAGGGAAAGCAGUUUGACAGCUCCCGGUCGCCCGGCCGUGGUGUCUUCAAUGUCGAGAUUGGUACCGGUCAGGUUAUCAAGGGUUGGGAUGAGGGUGUCAUGCAGAUGACCCUGGGCGAGAAGGCCAUGCUGACCAUUUCUCCUGACUAUGGUUACGGCGACAAGGCCAAUGGCAAGAUUCCCGCGGGAUCUACCCUCAUAUUUGAGGUUGAGCUCCUUAAGAUCAACAACAAAAGCGCCUAG